AUGUCAGCUGCAACGGGUCCCAUCUCUCCUCCAACAAACGGGAAAUUAGACAACAAGGAGUCUGAAUCCAGCACCAAAUCAAACCAAGCUACUGGAAUACUGACUAUCCAUAGUGUACAUGAACAUAAUGAGGCAUCUGCUGCUGUUACCACUACCGCACGGCACUCUGCCGAACAAUCUCAUAGCACUACAAACCAUCCAUCACAUGAGGAAUCUUUGAACGACGCUGAACUCACCAGUCGCUAUCUAGACGACAGAAGGCAUGAAGCUUGUGCUCGCCCAAUGUCUGCUUCGGCUAUUGCUCGCAAUACUACCUCAUUCUCUACUCCACUUCAUCUACAAAUGACCAUCCAAGAUUGGCGAAUGCGAGAGAGACUUAAAACUGUGUCAGGUGCUCUGGUCCUGUGUCUCAACAUUGGCGUGGAUCCACCGGAUAUUGUAAAAACUUCACCUUGCGCUAAACUCGAGUGUUGGGUCGAUCCAUUCUCCCUUACUCCAACACGUAAAGCUCUCGAACAGAUUGGUCAAAACUUGCAGGCUCAAUAUGAAGCUUGGCAGCCUAGAGCUAGAUAUCGUCUGUCUCUAGAUCCGUCCGUAGAAGAAACUAAGAAAUUAUGUCUGAACGUCCGCAAGAAUGCAAAGGAGGAACGAAUCCUCUUCCACUACAAUGGUCAUGGUGUACCAAGACCCACUCCUGGUGGCGAAAUCUGGGUAUUCAACAAGCAAUAUACUCAGUAUAUUCCUGUUUCUAUUUAUGACUUGCAGACUUGGCUCGGUUCACCCUGCAUCUUUGUAUACGAUUGCUCGAAUGCCGGAAACAUCUUAAUUGCAUUCAAUCGAUUCGCAGAGCAACGUGAUACGGAAGCUCAACGUCAGAUUGAUGCUGCUGCUGCAAACCCUUCAAAUCCACCACCUGUAAAUGUGCCUCUGCCUUACACUCCAAUGAGGGAAUGCAUACAAUUAGCAGCUUGUCGUCCAACCGAAAUGCUGCCAAUGAACCCAGACCUCCCAGCCGACAUGUUUUCAUGUUGCCUGACGACUCCUAUAGAAAUAGCAUUACGCUGGUUUGUCGGCCAAAAUCCGCUACUUACAAACAUCACCAUCGAUAUGAUUAUGAAGAUUCCAGGCAAAUUAAAUGAUAGAAGAACUCCUUUAGGUGAAUUAAACUGGAUCUUCACAGCAAUCACAGACACUAUCGCCUGGAAUGUCUUGCCCCAUGACUUGUUUAAAAAGCUAUUUAGACAAGAUCUGAUGGUUGCUGCUCUAUUUAGAAACUUUUUACUAGCUGAUCGAAUAAUGAGAUUUUAUAAUUGCACACCCGUGUCUUCGCCUGAACUUCAACCGACUUUUCAGCAUCCACUUUGGCAAGCUUGGGAUCUAGCCGCUGAUAUGUGCUUAUCACAGUUACCGGCGCUCUUGGCUGCUCAAGAUGGUGGUCCUUCAUAUGAAUACAAGACAUCCACCUUCUUUGCUGAACAAUUGACAGCAUUCGAGGUCUGGUUGUCCAAAGGGCCGAUAUCUAGCUCAGCACCCGAACAGCUACCUAUAGUGUUGCAAGUGUUGCUCUCGCAAAAUCAUCGUCUCAGAGCUUUAAUGUUAUUGUCUCGCUUUUUGGACUUGGGACCAUGGGCAGUUAAUCUGGCUCUAUUAGUCGGAAUCUUUCCAUAUGUAUUAAAACUAUUGCAAUCUCCAGCCGCAGAUUUGAAGCCAGUUUUGGUCUUUAUAUGGGCAAAAAUCUUGGCUGUAGACAAGUCUUGCCAACAAGAUUUGCUCAAAGAUAAUGGAUAUACCUACUUUAUCAAUAUUCUUACUACAGAUUCAGCCAUGCCUCCAAUACCCAACUUGUCUGAACAUCGAGCCAUGUGCUCAUUUAUACUAUCUGUAUUCUGCCACAACUUUAGAUCCGGACAAGUCGCUUGUCUCCGUAACGAGCUACUUCCUGCAUUAGUACCACACCUCUCUGAUCCUGAUCCAUUAUUAAGACAGUGGGCUUGUCUAUGUUUAGAAAAGCUAUGGCAGGGCUUUGGUGACGCCAAAUGGGCCGGCAUACGCGAUAAUGUACAUGAAAAACUGUGUAGUAUGUUGACUGAUCCAGUGCCAGAAGUACGUGCAGCUGCUCUCUUUGCUGUUGGAGCUCUCAUCGGUGAUUUAGACAAAACCGAACAAGUAGCCAGUGCAGAGCAAUCCAUAGGCAUCGCCAUUCUAGCAGCUACCGGUGACGCUUCACCUGUAUGUAGAAAGGAACUAGUAGUUGCUCUCUCUCGCAUCGUACAGGAGAACGUAUCCAAAUUUGUAACGGCAGCGUACGAGUUGAUUGAAGAGGACCGUAGGAGGAUUCCUCCAGUUAAAGGAACCAAACUAAAUGGUGGCUCUGUAGAUCGAAAGACAAGUGAUUCUCUGUAUAGAUUGACUGGUGCAUCGUCGGUGUAUGCAUGUCUAUGGAAAGUCCUGCUGAAUUUAUCAGUAGAUCCCUUUCCAGACGUCGCGGAACUGGGUUGUCGCGUGGUAGAUACCGUUAAUUUAAAGCUCUUGUCGUCGCCAUUAGUAGAAUCUCCCAGUGCCGUGUUGGCAUCGGCACUUCCAUCACCCACAACACCCAACCGACUGUCUUCAUCGUCGACCGCCACAACUCCGACAUCUCCUUCGCCACAACCGAAAAUUGCACUAGCUAAUGGUAGCUCUAGUGUAUUAAAUAAUUUCAUACCUAAACAGCAACAGCAAGAUUUACGUCGGACGUCGUCUUUCGCAAAUACCAUUCGUAGUCUAACGGGAUUGAAGACAACAUUAUCGUACGAAAAUAUAGCUGCUGAUGCUGCCGCACAAAAGCAUGUCGGACAACCAAAUGGUGACCGUAGACCAUUGAGAGCUGCUAGUGUCGCUUCAGCUUCAUAUACAUCUGUCAUGUCAGUCAACACGAAUACCGGAAAUCUACAUAUUGGUGCCAGUAGUAGUCUUGGCUCACCCAUAACACGAGAAAAGUCGCUUGAUGGAAUUAGUAAUGCUGGUAGUGACAAGGAACUAGGUAUACCGCUUCAUUCGUCAUUUUUCGAAUGGAGUUGUGAAUACUUUGCUGAGCCACAGUAUCGGUUACCAGAGAUUGAAGAACCAGGCAGUAUCCGAUAUACAGAAAGAAUGUGGAGGCGGUCUAGGAAUGAAAAAUUGAUUGCUGAAACCGAGCAUGUGCGACGGGUGGCGCCUCAUCAUCGAUUCGACGAGAUUAUAAAUGUCUUGCAUUCCGAUCCAACACCAGCCGCUGUAUUGACGUUUCAUCAGUUUGAACCCCAUGUAGCUGUAGCAGACAAUCAAGACGAAGUAAUUAUAUAUUUAUGGGAGGAAAAUUUACGGCUGAAUAUCAUACAGAAUAUGAAUCCACUUGGUUCACGUAUUACCUCAUUACGAUUUAUCAACGAGGACGACAAUGGAAUGCUCUUGAUUGGAUCAGAUGAAGGAAUCGUCAGGAUUUAUCGCAAUUAUGAGCACAUGGGCUGUCACGAACUCGUUACUGCUUGGCGAGCUUUGACGGAUUUGCUACCCAGUAUGAGAGGUAGUGGACUUGUUACCGAUUGGCAACAAUCUACUGGCUCAUUAUUGGUAUCGGGUGAUGUGAGGCAGAUUCGUAUUUGGGACGUAGAACGCGAAGCAUGUGUUCAGGAUUUGCCAACGAAGUCUUCGGCUUGCAUUACAUCUCUGACCAGUGACAAGACAGCCGGUGAUUUGAUUAUUGCUGGAUGUGGAGAUGGAAAUAUACGGCUUUAUGAUCGUCGUAUUAGUUCCAAAGAUGCACAUGUUGCCAUGCUGACGGACCAUCAAAAAUGGAUUGUCAAUGUGCAAUUGCAAGCAGGCUCCAAUCGUGAUGUUUUGUCUGGUAGUCAGGAAGGAGAUAUUCGGCUGUGGGAUUUAAGACAACGGAGAUGUACAAGAACUAUCGAGCCUUUCCCAGGUCAAGAGCUCACCGCCUUGGCUAUUCACGAUAACGCGUCUCUUAUAGCUUGUGGAAGUGGUGCCCAUCAGCUUCGAGUGUUCAAUACACAAUUCCAACCCUUAGGACACUUGAGAUUACAUGACAGUGGCUUUUUAGGCCCGAGACCUGGUCCUAUCUCUUCGAUCGCAUUCCAUUCCUAUAAACCGGUUCUGGCCGCAUCCUCAAUAACUGGAGGUUCAGUGACUGUAUUUGGACAACACGACCCUCUGGCUCAUUAUCACCACUAG